CCCAUGACCUGUGUUCAUGAUCGCCACUAACUGAUAACGCCCCUGACUGGUAUCCGCUUCGAGCGGUAUAAAGUGAACGAUUUUUCAGCCGCUCCUCCCCCACUUCAGCUUUCCUUUCUGACCUCCAGGCAAAUAAUCAUGAGCACACAGCAAGACUCGAAUGCCGGUGACGUCGUCGAUCACCUAAGGACAUAUCUCAAAGAGCACCCUGAUGUCUUCACCGCGUUCGAGUUGGGAGUUCAAAUCGCCCUUAGAAUCAAUGUACCGCAGUUGAAACAGUUUCAUAUCCACAAUCUGAAUGACUACCUUAAUUUCUACGAACGCCUUCUACAUUGGAUACCUACCGAAACGUUUGAUGGGAAGAACGUGUACUACCAUCUCUGUCUUUUCUACUUCAUUCUCGACCUGUCUCCCAUAAAGAGUCUCCAAACGCCUAUCCUUCCCAUCUCCAAACAACCCUGGACUUGGCUUUCCAAUUGGAUAAUCAAAUUUGCGAAAGCGAUGGGUAGCAACUUGGACAAACCCGAAUCCUUAACCAAAGCAUCGCUUCAAACUUUUUACAAGUCUCCCAUCUAUCGCAUGGAAGAUUACCCAAAACGUGACUGGAAGUCUUUCAACGAGUUCUUCGCCCGGGAGAUUAAUCCCGCCCUUCGACCUAUCGACGUUCCCUCGGAUCCCACCGUCAUUGUGAGCCCCGCUGACUCCGUCUUUGACGGUGCCUGGCCGAUCGAGAAGAACAGCGUCGUCUUCCUCAAGUACAUCCCUUGGCAUAUCCAGCAAUUGUUGGAUGAUAGCAAGUACAAAAAUGAGUUCGGUGGUGGUGUUUUCACCCAUUCUUUCCUUGCCCCGCACGACUAUCACCGUCAGCAUGCUCCAGUCCCAGGAAUAGUGCGGGAAGCGAGAGUGAUCCCAGGUCUUUGCUACUUGGAGGUGGAGGCGGUAACCGAUGAAAGUGGGAAUACAUCUCUAUCGAUGCGACGAGGUCUUCCUGCGCCCUUGCUAGGUCGUGGGGCUCCCAAAGGCACGGGUGGCGCAGCCUACACUGGGAGCGACAUCUCAGCUCCUGACACUCCCGGUUACCAAUUCCUCCAAGCACGAGGACUGAUCGUGAUUGAUAACCCCACCAUCGGUCUCGUCGCCGUCUUACCCAUCGGAAUGGCUCAAGUCUCCUCCGUCAAACUCACGGUCACAUGCGAACAAAAAGUGAAGAAAGGAGACGAAAUUUCUUACUUCCAAUGUGGUGGUUCCGAUUGCGUGAUGGUCUUCCAGCAAAAAGCAAACGUCCAAUUCACGGCCACCCUCGGUCAGCAUUACAAUUUCGGGAACCAAGUUGCCCAGGCUUUCCCCAACCAACCGCCGCAUGACGAUCUCGUGCACGCUCCCGAACAUUCUGAACAUCCAAAUUCCCCUCUUGACCACUAAAGGCUCUGGCGUCACAAC